GGGGGCUGUCAGGGCGACGGUGAAAGGUGCCGGAGCAGGCUAGAGGAGAGUCCAGCAGCGUAGCCGAUUGCCAAUUGACCCGAACAGGUAUUUGUGUGCAUUACAGAGAACCUUACUGGUGGAACAAUCUAGGCUGUCGUUUGCUGUUGUGUUGCUGAUACUGAAGAACUAAGACGGAGAAAAGGACCAGCACCAGAUAAUGCAGAGACGCAGAGAAUCGUACGUCGAGACGUCCUACACAGGAGUGGGCGCUUUCAGUUCGGCGCCAGCACCCAGCACCAACGCCCUGGUGGCCGCUUCUGUGAUUGGAAAUGCGCUGAAGGCCAACAACCACAACCCUGUCGGGCUCAGCAUCCCAAAGGUGCAAGCGCCUAAGGCCAACAGAUACGUUCGGGCAGCCAGCAUCACGAACGACUCGAAAAGCAGCAUCAGCAGGAGCUCUUCAAGGCUGCCGGACAAUUACGUGUCGGUGAGCAGAGCCAACUCGAUCAACACGGCGAACGCCCGUCGUAUGUCGAUGAGCUCCUCCAUGGCUAAAAACAGACUUUCCAACCAGAAAAGCGCCCCAAACCUGACCCCACGCAGGUCCGUCUCGGACUUUAGCCGCCCAGCCUCGAGCCACAGCAUCAGUGGUCACAGGCAGGCGCCAAAGCCCUCGGUUCCGGUCUACUACAAACCGGAGCCUAAGACUAUCAAGAAGUACGUUGCCUCGGUGAACGGACUAGUUUCCGUCGAGGUGCCCAACCCAAAGUACAGGGAGCGUGAACAGUCGUUUAGAAGGUCCGUCUCGGCAGCCAACGUGUCCGGCGGCCCCAUGCGGAACAAUGGGAACUACUUCCAGCCCUCGUCGAGCUCGUCGAGGGUCAACAGCAUGAACUUCCUGCAGAACCAGCGGGUUCGUGCGGCCCGUGUUGCUACCAAUGCCAAUUCCGCUACCAAUUCUAGCUCUUUGGUUUCAAGACCAGCCAACUCCACGAGGUCAAUCAAAAAUGUCUCGACUAGGGUCCUUCCAAACGGAACUAAGGUCACAAGCACCACCGUCAAAGAGUACAUCGAUGACGGGAGCGACGGAGUAUACGAAGAAGAGGGGUUCGAUGACGCGUACGAUGACUUUGACGAUGUCCAUAGGCCAGUCGACAUGAGCCUGACUCUUGAUGAAGAAGCUGAUGAUGAUGAUGAGGCCGCACAACGGGUAGACUCCGAACAGCCUAUCUUGCGCGAGAUUGAUGAGCUCAGAGAAACUAAUGAGGAUGACCAAAGUAUCGAGGCGGAUGUCGAGGAAAAACAAGAGCAAGCGCCAAUUCAGAAACAAGCCGAGUUUGAAGCAAACCCAGGGGCGGGAACCAAUGUCGAGCCAGAAAGGCCUGUUGUCGGGCUUGGCCAUGAUAUUCACGAGGUGCCUCAUCGGCCGUCUACCGAAGAUGAUGUUGAUAGGGUGAUAGAUGAGCUUGCUACUGAGGAAAGCUACGAAGAUAAAGUGAAGGACGUGAUUGCCAAAAACGAAGAAGUUGAACGUUUCGAACGUGAAAAAGCCUUUGAAUCGCCUAAUGCAAAGGUGCAAGAUCCAGUCAUAAUAGAGGAUAUCAUGAGCCGAAAGCUCAUCCCUGGCAUUGCUCCUAUCGGCUUCUCCAAUGGUUCCAAACGUUCCGGUGUUCUGUCUCCUGGUCUAAUACAGGAUCCAAAGAAAGCAGCAGAGUCGCUCGAGUCUACGGAACACGCUGAUGAGCUUUUAGGUCUAGAUCUAGAGCCGGCUAUCGAGCAAGAUGAUGAAAUUGUCGAUGGUAUUAAAGCGCACCCCAUAAGUGAAGCACCUGCCUCAUCCGUAUCAGCUAAUGGCGUACAACUAGUCCAUGCUGGAAACUUUAAUGAGCUCGCUGAAGAUGACGCAGAUGAGGGUGACUUCAUCCACGAUAUAACGGGUGAGGCUGAUAUAGUUGAGGACUUCAGCACUCGGGAUCUGACUGUCCACAAUGAAGAGGAAUUCACUGAGGAAGAACUUUUGGCUGCACAGAUGAAGCUCGAUGAGUUGGUGAAGCAGAAAGAAAAAGAAAUUUUAGACGAAUUGAUGAAAAAUGGUGAUGUAAAGGAGGUUGCCAUUGAUCAGCCCAACCUCGAAUCAGAAACUAACGAGGGUAGUGAUAAUGAAACCAACAUCAGUCAAAGCUCAGAAACUUCCGAGUCUGUUCAACAAGGCACCAAAAAAGAAAUCGGCAUUUCUUUGCCACCUGCGCCGCAAAGCCCCGAACCAAUAGCCAAAACAACAACUGUACAGACUGACGAAUCAGCGGCGGCCUCGGAUGCUAUUCUGGUCUUCCAUACUUCCACAAAUUCUCUAUCAAAGGAACCGUCCUAUGAAGUUCCGCCUGCGCUGACUUCGAUUGGAGGUGAGGAAAAGUUUUAUACUCCGCCAGUAACACCAGCCGUACCUUUGGCUGAUGGUGAUUUAUUUGAAAAUGUCGGAUCUCCAGCUGAAACCUUGCAGCCAUCACUUCGCUCGUACAAAAGAUCAGAAUCCCCUGAGUCUUCGAUGAUAAAAAAUGAUGAUAGCUUUGUCACAACGCCUGUCCAGAGCACACGUUCUAACAAGUCAAUGGCACAACAUUUAAGACCCUCGAUAAUAAGUUCAAACUUUAACUCUCCACAAAAUAUUACCAGUUCGGUCGCAGAUAGAGAUAGCAAUGCUUCUAUUCCGAACUCUUCUGAUAUUCCGAAACCAUCAGAUUUUCAAGAAGAUUCAUUUGCAAACAACACAUCAGAACUGGCACAGUUGAGAGUGCCAGACAGAGAGGCAUCUAUUCAGGCUAAAAUUGAUCAAGCAGAAAAACGUAAAACUCUUGAUUUAGAUUCUGAGGACCUUUCAGAGGUCAAAGAUGCUGCCUCCGCUCAGGAAAAGCCAUUUGAACCUAUGUUCAACAAUAAUGGUAGAAGAAAAUCUGUGCUCAAAAACUCGUCGAUAGGCAACAAUCGCUCUUCGCUGUACGUAUCAAAUGGACAGCCUAACGAGGCGUCUGGUGCUUACUUAUCUCUGACAACCGCACAGAAUACAAAAAUGAACGCUAUGGGAUCUGCGAGUGCUGCAUACAAUGGCGGACCAAGUUCAAGAAGACAAAGUGUAAAUACCUUGCAGGACCCUAGUUUGGUUAGUCGCUCGAGAUCCGGUUCAGGGUCAGGUAAUGGAAAUUCAAAUGGUGUCAAUAAUGAUAUCACGCCUCUGGCUGCGGCUGCUAGGGCAGCACAAAGACAUUCUAUUCAACCAGGAGCAAAGGCAUAUGUUACAGAUAACACCUAUGAGCAACCAGAUAAAAGGUCUAGAAGACAUGUGGGUUCCAAUUUUCCUGGAAGUGAAACUCCAAACUCUAAUUUGGGUAAUAUAGGUGGAGUCAAAGCACCCAAUCCUAAGGUUGAAGAAGCGAAAAGAAGAAUCUUACAGAACAGACGAGGACAGACUCGUGCAAAGGAACUUUAUGAGCUCGCCAAAUCAAGACCUCCUGUUAAAUAUGAAUACUUGGCGUCUUUAGACGAUUCCUCCUCACCAAGACGUUCGUCAUUCGAGAAAACCGUUGAAUCGGAAGAGCCAAAUGGUGCUAGUACCAGAAAGGGUAAAAUGGCUUCAAUGUCUUUACGAGACAUUGCUUCAAUGAACUACGAGCAAUAUGAACGUAAAAAGCCUAUGAACCGUGGGUACAAAUCAAGAUUCCAAGAUGACAAUUCUGAUACUGAUUUACCUCUUCCACCCUUGCAGCCACCAGCAAAUUCUUCACCAUAUAAUAUAGCAACUUCCCCGGCAAAUUCAAAUUCCCGGGUGUCCAAUGUCGACACUACUUCUUUUUCUUCUCCAAACGUCAGUUCUCCAGUACCCGAAAACAGCAAAUAUGGCUUCAGGCAGAGAUUUUCAGGUUUAACCAAGAAAAAGUCCAAGGUCAGUAUGGCUAAUAGUGGUAAUGAUCAAAUUUUGGCGCCAAUCGCUGAUGUAAAUCCACAGAAUUAUGGUUCCCAAACAACACAAGAAUCCCAGACCCCUAAAAAGUCUUUUGCUUUUUCUACACCUCAUCUGCAUGCUGAACCUUCACAAGGACAAUCUGGUUCAACACCUCAUGCAGAAUCAAGGUUUGAGAAAUUUUUCAGUGAACCACAUGGUCCUGGAAAACGAAACGUUAGUACCGCUUCAAAUGCAACCACUAAUACUGUAGUGGUGAAUGAAGAAGGUAAGAAGAAAAGAGGUUUUCGGUUUAAAAAGCUCUUUGGUGAUCACUAACCCAGAUACAAACGGUUCUGUACUUAUAAAUAAAAAUGUUUCUGUUAUUUACAAUCCUUGUCUUUUUCAUUUAUGUUUCUUCAAUUGCUUGUUUUUUUAUCUUU